AUGAUUGGGAAGUGGGGCAACCCAGACAUAAAGAAGCAGAUGAAGGCUGGCACUGAUUAUUACCACAAGCUCCGCCUGUGCCCGCGCAAUCCGCCGCAGCCGCCGGCAGAGCUCCGUGACGUGAGCCACCUGGCCGCGCUCAGCCUGCUCCGGCAGCUCGCCGACCUCUGUGGCCACUCGCUGGCUCUGCUUGAGGACCUCGAGGGGCACCUGCUGGCCCUGGGACGCCGCACCGACAGCCUAUACCGGCGCACCGUGCGCCUCCGCCGCCGCCUUCCCUGCCGCCUGCUUGGCCCGGAGGACGAGGAGGAAGAGCUAGCUGCAGCUAACUCGGGUCGGGAAAAUGCGACAGCGACCGCCCACUCGAGGUCGUCAUGGCGACAGCCAGUGAACGUGUUCCUCUCCUUGGGCAGGCCCCCGAGUGUAGAGGAGCUGCUUCGCGAGGCGCAGCUCAAUCUCCAGAGCCUGUUGCAAGAAGAAUAUGAGGAACAGUACUCGGAAGCCAGACUUCUGGGGCAGACCUUCCGCUCUUCUGAGGAGGCCCCUCAGCCCAGCCCCAGCCCAAGGCCCCAGUCUGCCAAGCGUCUGGAGUUUGUACUGAUGCCUACAAAACGACAGCUGAGUGAGGAUGAGACCACCACCCAGGGUGUGAGGGCCCCUGAGGCCUCCCUGAGCCUGUCUACCACAGCCGACAAGCAAACUGCCUGGAAUAGCCCCUUCCCUCUGCCCAUCCUAGAGGAGAAGCGGUGGCCUCAGCCUUGCUCCACACAAUCUGACAUUGUGCCCAUCAACAUCUCUGGGCAGCAGUUUGAUAAGCACGCAAGUUUGCGACACUCGUUGUUUAACACAGAGACAGCCGUGAACCCCAAGUCCACCCUGAGGCGGAGGCGGACCAUUAUUGGAUUCUCUAACUUUUCCAAGCGAGACCAAGGUCACAGCAGCAGCCCGGCAGGCAGUGUGGCCCGUUCUACCACGUCAGACAUCAGACCCAGUCACUCAGUGCCAGAAGGUGUUCAUGGAAGAGUUGCAGUGGGUCAGGAAGCUCAGUUCCCAAAUCUCACCUCACCAGUACUGAGAGAUCCUUCUAGUGAUCUGGAAGAGCCUCAGCAGGCACGCGGUGGCCCCAACCCUCCUGGCAUGGAGAGCAUGGGAAUGGUGUACAGCAUCCCCAGUUCUUGCAAUGGACCAACAGAAUCAACAUUCUCCACUUCCUGGAAGGGAGAUUCUUUUACUUACAUGACUCCAAGUGCCAACAGCCAGAGCAAUCAAGUCAGUGAAAAUAGAAAAUAUCCUUCCUCUGGGAAUUCUUGGGUCUCUCUGAACACACUCCCCGCUGUGGUUCCUAAGGAGGCUGCUCCCCUCUUUGUCACUCGUGAUAGCCCAGCAGGAUGCAGUGGGCUGGCUGGCUACUCUGAGCACUCUACCCAACGAAGGCAAGUACUGGAAAGACCCGCCAAGACUGGCCUGCUAACUGGUGGUACUUCACGGCUGGAGACAGGCCCAGGUGGGGCCAGCAGGUUCCGGGAGCGGUCACUGUCCGUGCCCACAGAUUCAGGCACCACAGAUGUGAAUUAUGAUGAGGAGCAGAAGGCCAGUGAAGCCUGUGCCCUGCCUUAUGCCAGUACAAGUUCUGAGGGGAGUAACAGUGCUGACAACAUUGCCUCCCUUAGUGCCGAACAGGAGGCCCAGCACAGAAGACAGAGGUCCAAGAGUAUCUCACUCAAGAAAGCCAAAAAGAAACCCUCCCCACCAACCCGCAGCGUCUCACUGGUCAAAGAUGAGCCGGUCCUCUUGCCAGAAGGUGGGUCAGCACUACCCAAGGACCAGAGGCCCAGGAGCCUUUGCCUCUCCUUGGAACACCAAGGACAUCAUUUGUCCCAUCCAGAUGCUCAGGGUCACCCAGCUGUGCCAGCCCUCAAAGAUCCAGAAGGUACACAAUUCUCCCACCACUGGUAUCUUACUGACUGGAAAUCUGGUGACACCUACCAAUCCUUGUCCAGCUCCAGCACUGCCACCGGCACCACAGUCAUUGAGUGCACCCAAGUUCAGGGCAGUUCAGAGUCUCUUGCCUCCCCUUCCACCUCCAGAGCCACUACACCUUCCCAGCUCUCCAUCGAGGUGGAGCCCAGGGAGGUAUCUUCCCCAGGAAGGCCCACUGGACUGAUGUCACCCUCCAGUGGAUAUUCCAGCCAGUCAGAGACACCAACACCCACUGUCUCCAUGUCCUCGACCCUGGGCCACUUACCCCCGCCAAGCAGCAGUGUCCGGGUACGGCCAGUGGUACCUGAGAGAAAGUCAUCACUACCCCCGACAUCACCAAUGGAGAAAAUUCCCAAGUCACGGCUACCGUUUGACUUACCAUUGACCCCUUCGACCAACCUGGACCUGUCUGGGAUGAGUAUUUCCAUCCGAAGCAAAACCAAGGUGAGCCGGCAUCACUCAGAUACAAAUUUUGGGGCCAAGUUGGCCCAGAAAACUAGUCCCAACCAGCCAAUCAUGCCCAUGGUUACUCAGUCUGACCUACGUUCUGUUCGCCUGAGGUCAGUCAGCAAGUCUGAGCCAGAAGAUGACAUUGAGAGUCCUGAGUGUGCUGAGGAACCCAGAGCAGAAGAAGUCUUCACCUUGCCAGAGAGAAAGGUGAAACCUCCCGUAGCUGAGAAGCCUCCGUUUGCCAGAAGGCCUCCAAGCUUGGUCCACAAGCCACCAUCUGUCCCUGAGGAGUACCCACUAACUUCGCCUACCUUGGUUAUGACCCCCAAGAGCUCAAUUCAACACGUGAGGCCACUCCCUCAAGACAGCUACACGGUGGUGUGGAAACCAAAGUCCUUCAGCCUCCCAGAUGGCAGGAGCCCAGGGGGGUCAACCACACCCUCAUCUGUUGUUUUCACACCUUUUGGCAGUUCCUCUGGUGCUUUCUUCUCAGGAACACAGCAACCUCUCCAAGGAAGUAUGGAGGAUGAGGGCCCCAAGACGAGAGCCCUGCCUGAAAGAAUUAGCCUCCAGAGCCAGGAAGAAGCUGAGAAAAAGAAAGGCAAGAUUCCACCUCCUGUACCAAAAAAGCCCAGCGUGCUGUACCUGCCUGUCACCUCACCCACAGCUCACAUGGAGGCCUACAUGGCAGAAUCAAGGCUGCCUCUCAGCCCCAUCAUCACCCUGGAGGAAGAUGCCAAGUGUACCCCCACUGGCGAUGACCUGCAAUCACCUGGCAAAAGGACAACCUCAGCUCCGCAGGCUGCCAGUGAAAGGGAGACAAGCCCUCCGGGGAGUUCUGUGGAACAAAGCGCAGAAGAAAAAAGUUUAAUCAGUGAUAAAACAGCUGAAUGGAUUGCAGAGGAUGAUGAUGACGUGUUUGUGGCUUCACGCACAACUGAAGAUUUAUUUACUGUGAUACACAGGUCCAAAAGAAAGCUGCUUGGCUGGAAGGAGCCUGGUGAGGCCUUUGCCAGUGGCAGACUGAGCUCCCAUUCACCAAUAAAGAAUACAGCCGAUUCUCCAAUCAGUGAGUCUGCUGCUGCCACAGGGUCAGGCAGCAGUGCCAACCUAGAUGCUGGCAGAAACGAUGAUUUCAAGGCCUUGCUACAGAAGAAGGGAAGUAAGGCAACUCCCAGGUCCCGGCCCUCAGCAGCCGAAUUGCUGAAGACCACUAACCCACUGGCUAGGAGAAUUAUUGCACAAUUUUCAAAAGACUAUGAAACCACCGAUAACCCCAGUACCUAAGCCCUGGGUUCAACAAGCGGAGUUUACUUACUAAACUUGAGAAGAGAAGAGGGAAGAGAAAGGGUUUUAAAAAGGAACCAUGGAAAUAACAAAAAAGCCUACUUUUCUUUUACAUUAGCUCACACUUUGGACAGCAGAAGAGAGGCCACUUCAUCUAGGGCUAAAAUCAUCAGGCGCCUGAACCAUCUUCAGACAUUUUGCGUUUGCAUACUUACAGUCUUGCCAUGACAGACUUCUGAGUGUCUUCUUAUUUUCCCCCAGUGGUGUACACUAAGAAAAAAUUCUCAGAUGCGAGGGCACAUGUGCCACCUUUUCACUCAAUGACAUGGCUGCUCCCAGCGUGAGAGCAGAUUGGGGACUGCCAAACCUGGGGGGCAUAGGGUGCCAUUGCUGAUUACUCACCGUCCUGGGGAGGUCUUGACGACCUUGUGUGGAGAUACAGAAAGACUCUGAUGCCUCCUCAACCACAGUUUAACUUUCCCCCACGAGAGAUUUGCAGAUGUACACUUAUUUCGGCGUAGGGUUGGUUGGAUGGCUUUUGUAGUGCAAAAUAUGAAUGUGACUCUGUCCUGAAACUUCACGCCUUUGUCAGUUUGAUUAUCUACACGGAGAUCAGGGUGAUGAGUGUCAAUAAAUAUGUAGGACCCCCCUUACCUAGAGAAGAUCAGGACUGGGUUGCUUUGGUUGUACCAAGCUCAGCCAACAAACAAGACAGCCAUGUGUUCGCUCGGAUCUAGCCAAGGUAACUGGCACAUGCGCCUUGAGUUCCUUCAAGUAUCUGUCAACAGUGAUAGUGGGGUCUGUGCCCAGCUCAUGCUGCAUCUUAACAACUCUUGUUUCAUUUGUGUAUAACACUCAUUAUAGGAAGUAAUUAGCUGAAGGGACAGUAUCAUCAAAGGCUCAAGGAGGAUAGAAAGUAAGUGCAUCUUGCCCCCCACCAUUCAAUUCAAAUCAUGGUUUAUGGUUGGUUUGGCUUUAUUUAAAGGAAGUCUGACUCUAUUCCAAAAACCAAGAACAGAUAGACUAAAAGGAUCUUUCCAAAAUCUAAAAGGCAGCCUUGUGAGUUGUUAUGGCCCAUAACACAUAAAAGAGCUCCUUUUUGCCAUUUAGGUUCUACUGUUUGACCAACUUUCAAUGAAUCAUGCUGGGGGAGAGUGUAAGAACUUGGGUAAAUAGGAUGCUGAAAGAGCUCCAGAACAAUCAGUACGACCCCUCCGCUCCAAAGCUUAUAGGCACUAACCAUUCUUACCAACUCAGUUUUCUAAGCACAGCAAGAGCAAUGAUUCGUUUGAUUUUCAUAUGCCUGAUUUCUGAGAGGUUGGGGGGAAGACAGACAAAGCAUUGAACAAAGAAAGUCUGCUGACCAAUGAUGGAAAAUUAAUUGUCUAUCAUUCCCAAGAGGCAAAAAGAAAAGGAAAAUGAAAUUGCAGCCUGCUUCACAAAGAGGGUGCCCCUACCCCUUCCUCCUCUACCCCCUACCUAAGGAGACUUAUUGGCCAACCUCCUGGAGGAUGCAGUAAGAGUUACAGGGACAAGCAGACCUCAAUUUUGACAGGUUGUGUUGCUCCCCAGUGAGAAGCAAGCUCUUAGCUCAACCGUCCGUACUCCAGCCAGACAGAGCUACUGGAAACCACACUGAGUACUGAGAAGACUUGGGCCUCUCAUAUAGAAGCCCUAAGCCUAGGCCUUUGGUUGGUACAGUUCUGAAUUCAAGGCUUCUGGGAACAGGCCGGGUCCACCAACUCCCUUGCCGUCAGCACUUCCCUCUGAUUUAGAAAGAAGCCACUUAAAAUAAUAAACAGCCAGUGAAAGCCCUGUUGCUUUUGAAAGUUGAUUCAAACUAUUUGGCUUGAAGGUCUUAACCAAAAUUCAGGGGUUUUGCCUGAAAUAAAAUAGAUUCAUUCCUGGCCUUAGUUUAUAUAUGAAUGCCACACUUUCUGCCCCAGACUCAGAAUUCCAAAUGGCAGGAGCAUUUGCCUCCAUAGGGAAAUGGAGUGUUUGUGUUUUUGCUGAACAGAAGUGAAAGGCUGCCAGGGCCUGCUCCUUGGGGACCAUUAUGACCAGCUGAACUUGAAAGCUGAGUACUCCCAUAGUAUAAGGACUUGUUACUUCUGCUGAUUUUUCUGGGAGCUUCUUGUUUGCUACUUCUAGUGGGUUUUGCCUCUCCCCUCACCUUGCUACCUCUGGAGGUUUACCCAAAAGAUUCUAAAGCUGAAUGCCCAGAUACCUCUAUGUUUUUCAAUUACCUUGAUUCUUGCUUUCUUCUACAAUACUUUGUAUGCCUGGAAUAUUUAGAACAUCUACAUCACCACUGUGACCCUCAAAUGCCCAGUGGUGUUCCCAUUAGCACAAGAGGAUUUGGGGUAGACAUUGUAUGGUCAGAGUUAACAUUUGGGACUGGAAAUAUUCAUUUAAUAUUUAAUGCAACAGGUGGACUUAGUCCCAAAGAACCAACCAAACUGUAAAACUUCUACAAAUCAUUGAUUAACAUAACCCUAAGCAUCUUUCAUACUCCUAACACUUAACCUCUCUCCUACCCUUGAUUAUCAUAACACCAACACUCUCUCCCACCCAGGCACUUACCACAACAUUUGCUGCCUUCUGCACCUGCUCUGCCGAGACUGGAGAAGAGAGGCUGAAAGCCCCUCUCAGGAAGGCUUUCAGAAAACCUACUACUACUAUUACUAGUACAAAUAAUAAUGAUAAUAAUUUUUAAAGGUGGAUAUAGAAGAGGUUUGAGUGAAAUGAAUUUGGCCCCAGAAGGUCAGCUUCCACUUCAAAUCGUUUCUCUCCCCUUUUGUCCCUCUAAUUCCAACUAGUAGCAGCAGGUGGCUCUGCUAAACUGAUGUCAAUCUAGUCGGGAGUAGAGGGAGCCGUCCCCAGGAGAGGAGUUAGCUGGUGACUGAGUGCUUUGCACUGGGUGGAUAUUCAUUACAUGUCUGUACUUCAAAUGUGGAGGGUAGACAGCAAGUUAUUCUUGGCACAACAGCAAAGUUAUUCUUGCUGGUGUCUCUUCUCCUUUGUCUGCACCACUUGGUCUGCCUCAGCCUCCCACCCGGCCCCAACUGGUCCCCUAGCCCUAACUCCCAUGAACUGCAGCCCUAGCCAACAGCUCGCCCUCAAAUGUUUUACGUUAGCUGAAUGGCUACAAAUUGACCAGUUGAACUGGAGAAAUUCCCUCGAACGUGCAAAGACAGGAGAUUCUGCCAGGCUCUUCUACCAAGCAUUGCACUUGACAUCCAUUUGAACUCUUGAUAACAUAGAUACAUCACGGUCUCUCUGUACCUUAUGAACGUGAGUGGAUCUGCCCGUGCACCUGCCCUCUUCCUCAUAAACGAACUAGUCAGCAAAAGACGAGUUCAUGUGCAGUGCUCUGUUCAUCACUGGUUCAGCCUCCCAUUAUCGCCAAGUGUGUGACACAAUGUGAGAUUUCACUUUAAUAUGAUUUGCCAGGACCAGGACUGGGGUGAGGUGAACAAGGCGCCCACUGUCAGGGCCAGGCGAGUGCCUUCCCUUGACCUGGCCCUGUGGUUUGCACUCUGUAAAGUAGUAUCAGCUCAUCUUCUUCCUAUGAACAAGUAUGGUCGUUCUAACUUGGGGGGGGGGUUAACUUCCUAUCUGUUGUUGCACCAAAUAUUUUAUUGCUAUCUAUUUUUCCAUUGCUAUAAUCCCUUGUAUGCCUACACAUUAAAGAAUCUUCAAUAUUAUCAGAAAACAUAUUUAAUUUCUAAGUAACCUGCUCCAAGUGGCAAGGUAGCAUCCAUUUUAUAGGGAUGUCCCCCAGGGACAGCCCUUGAGCAAGAUGGUUAGAGGUCUGUCACUGCGGUCCUCCCGUUUCUCUCUCUGCUCCAUUGUCCCCACACCUUGCUUCCCAGCACCAACUCUCCUCAGUGCCUCCUACUUUGUUCUCCUCUCUAAGAAAAGCAUGCUCUCAGGAAAGGGAUAAAUGCAUUUACUUUCAGAUUCUAAGGCUUAAUGCUACCUCCUUUGAGGGUCACUUGCAUUUUAACAGGAGAAAAGCCUUAAGCCAAAGGAAUGGAGUUCUACUUGCAGAAUGUUAGGCAUCAACUAGUUGUAGAAGUGUAUUUUUCACCAUGGAAAGGCCAAAUUCCCUGAUGGCUAACUCCAGAAUGUCUCCUGGAAUCAUUUUAGUUAAUACCUGACAGUCAAGUUAUCCAGUGCUAUUCAAUAUGGUUACUACCAAGGGACUCUCAGAAAUGGCUACUAAAAGCCACUGAGAAGGCCUAGAUCACUCAUAUUGUACAUUAACACUUUUACAUAAAUGGAAUUAAUACUACUUACCAUUUGAGUAAAAGAACACAAGGACUUAAAGAGUUUGUGAAAAUGUGUCCUGCUUGUGAAAGGUGAAACUGUUCAGUCAACGUCAGUCGUCUGGUAUUGGUGGUGACUAUUAAACUCAUUGGAGGCACAACUUUACUAACCACAAGCCUCUGCGUCCCCCACUUCAUCUGUGUGAUGUGCUUUCACUUCAGCUUUGUGUGAGAAUGAGACCGUAUCUGUACCAGAGCACCCAGUCCCUUCAAAGCCUCUGGAUGUAUUUCAGCUAUGAGUGACAAAGAGGGAUUUAAAAGGACAAGAGAGGGAAAGAGGUACAAUGAAGUGCCUUUGUCAAAGGGCAGCAAGAAGUAUAAUGAUUAAAACAGUUAUAUAAAAUAAGCAAAGUUUUAAAAUACAGAUUUAUAAAGGAAUACAGUAGUAAAUAGUUAUAGACACACAUUUGGGACGAUUUUAAUAAGUUUAGCAAAAAGAAAUUUGCAUGAGUAAUGGGUGAUGUGAAAUAGGUAUAUACUUUUGUUCAGUAAAGCCCAAAAUCUAGGCCAGUGGUUCUCAAAGUGUGGUCCCAGGACCAGCAACAGCAGCAUCCCUGGAGAGAGAGAGAC